UUAUGGCAGAGCAUAAAUCAGUCAAGUGGGUCGACUUGAAUAUUACAAGACGCUUCAGGAACUAUCCCUCCAAACGCUGGGGUCAAGGAAUGGCAGCCACAGAAGACUCUAUCUAUAUUAUUGGUGGUUAUAAUGGGUCAUAUUUGAGAGAUAUUUGGAAAAUGAACUUCAGAGAUUUCAAACUAACUCAGCUAAGUAUCACUCUUCCCCAUGAGCUAAGGAGAUCAAACCACUCAGUUGUGUAUUAUCCUAAGGAUAAGUGAAUUUAUAUUUUCGGAGGCAGCUGAUCACGCACCAAGAGAUACAAUGAUGUUUAUUGAUUCGAUACCAUGACAUAUGAUCUUUACCCAGUCGAAAUCACAGGACCUAUUCCUUGUAAAAGAACUUACCAAGCAGCUUGAAUCGUCGACAAUUUUAUGGUUGUAGUUGCCGGAGAAGGAGAUGCUCUGCUGAACGAUAUAUGGAUGCUCAACUUAGAUACUAAAUAAGUGGCAUUGUCCAGAAGUUGACUUGAUGAACUGCAAAGAGUUUCCACUCAGAAGAUUUCAUACAGUGACAUCCAUUGACAGCGAAUUCUACAUCAAGCAAGAUGAUACAGUUUCGGACUGUGAAGAGCUUCCUCAAAAGAAACUCAUUUUGUUCGGGGGAUGCUCCCAAGACUACACACUGAUAGAAAGCAUGUUCGAAAUCGACCUGACUGAAAUAAUCAACUCCACAAAUAUUAGUCGCUUUGAAGAAACCAAGGAUAUGAGUUUUGACUCAGAGAGAACAGACUCAAAAGAUUACUCAAUGGAGAGAGAAGACUCAACUCCAGCCUUCUUUAAGAUUGCCACGCAGAAGGAGAUCAAUGGAAGAUCGCUAGCUUGGAAAUUCGAUACACCAAAGAGAAAAUUCAGACGGUGAAGAAAACUCAGAAACUGCCGAGAUAAUCCAUUUGCUGAUAUAGAUUUGGAGAAUUCGCCAAUGCAAAUGUCUGAAAGUUCAGGAAACUCUGCUAAGAUCAGAGUGAGAGAGAUCAAGUUCCCUCAUAUCAGACAUACCUAUAGAUGGGGCCACUCUUGAUCAUAUUUUGAAGGAAGACUCUAUGUCUUUGGAGGAAGGAGAAACUCAGACAGAAAUGAUCUCCUCAGUUUUGACUUGAAUACUGAAAGAUGGGAAGAUGUCCAGUCUUUUAAUAAUGAAACAUACUUCUCGAAUAUUCAUCCAAGAAGAAGACACUCAGCAGCAUUUCUAGGAAACCAACUUGUCAUCUUUGGUGGUUUCAAUGAUGAAUUCCAUGAUGAUAUGUUCUACUGUCAGUUUGUCAGAGAGUCUGAUGCGUCAAAAGAAGAUGUAAACUAUCUCUCAGAUACUCUCAAAUGAGUAAAUAAUCCAUUCAGAUCAGACUUAAAUUUCAUCUUGCCAUCAAGAGAGAAUUCUAACAACAUGAUUGUUUACUCUCAUACUUUCAUGUUUAUUUAUAAGCUGCUCAACAUUGUUGACGAAGUGGGAUGUGAGUACCCAAAGAUCUUGAACCUUAUCAUUGAAAAAUCCCAAGAGUCCUCUGACACAAACCCAAUAGCCAUAAUGUUGCCUGAAGAAGUUGAAAAAGACUCAUUGAUCUUUCUGUUAGAGUUCAUUUACAUCAAGAAGAACACAGCUUUUAUCAACCCGCCUUUGAUCCGCAAGGUGCGAGAUUUGUGAAUAAUCCUAGAACUUGACUUCAUGAUUCCUCUGAUCACGAAGCAGUACAGAGAGAUUUACGAAGAAGGCUCUACUCAUAAUCUAAACCUUAAUAAAAGGAGACAUUGUAAAAACAUUAGUUCUUUGUCAACUCAUUUAUAUGAUAUUGAGAUUAAAGUCGAAAACAAGACAUUCAAGAGUUGCUCUGUCUUUCUAGCCUGCCGAUCCGAGUACUUUAAGAAUCUACUUGCAGGUGAGUUUUGAGAGUCAAGAAGCAGAGAGAUUACGCUUAGUAAUACUUCAGCUGAACAUUUCUCAGAGAUUUAUGACUAUAUUAUGACAGGUAAAAUGAAUCUGACCGAGAAGUCACCCAAGUAUAUCAACCAGGUUAUUAAACAGGCAAGUUACUUCAUGCUACCCAACAUGAUCGAGAAGUGAGUAAACAGAUAUAUCUCUGAUUUCACUUGCCUUGACUUCUACCUGCUUUCUCUCAAACUCAGCAUGAAGAGCGUAAUGGACACGACACUAGAGUAUAUGAUGCUCAAUGGUGACUCAAUUUUUGAGAAUAAGAAGAUUGAAGAAAGAUUUUCUCAAAAGAUCCCAGAAGACUGUAAAGACACUCUAGCUGCAGAUCUAUACUCAAAAACAAGCGAGAACUUAGUCUUAGUUGCUGAUACUAUCUUCAAGAAGAAAAAUCAAGAUCAGGUGGCUCAUCCAUUCUCAGAUGAAUCAUUAUAAGCUCCUCUGAAUCAGUGAUUGUGUUAGAAAAUAUGCUGAUCAACGAUCUCUCAGAAACCACUUAAUUCUCAGUAAUCAAAUAUUUGUCUCAACUUCA